AUGGCAUCAUAUUCGCCCGUCAAAGAAGCAAUGCGCAUCUUCUCAUUCCUCUGCGACCAAGCCGAGCGUCUCAAUCUCCCCCCGGAGGUGGUCGCGGGACAAGAUGCAGUCUCGUUCAACACAACCCAUGACAAGAUCUACUUCCCGAUUCCGUUUAAAGAGACGGAGACACUUGCAGCUUUGAAGGGCGUGGAGGGUUCCGUGGCUGCUGCGAUCGCAGACCUGAGAUAUGGACCGGCUGCGCAAAAACGGAAUAUCAAAAUCAACCUAGAGCGCGCGACGGCGUUCGGCUGCCAGGCGUAUAUGGCUAAGGUGGACGGGAUGUCCAAGCUGGACCCCGAGGUCAAGAAGAAGUUAAAGGUAGAUACGGACUUGCUCGCGGCGCAGUCAAAUGGAUACCGCCGAAUGUCGGCAAAUUUGUACAGGACCAAGAAUGAGGGUGAGUUCUUUCAUAUUCACGGCUCGCUCGAGGCCACAACGACAUUAAACAUGAUCGGGUUGGAGGGCCACCGGCCCGAUCUCACGGAUUAUGAGGAGAUCAUUAAGGUCAUCGAAAGCCACGUGCAGAAGUACUCUGCAGCGGAGCUGGAGGAGAUGAACAACGAACGGAGACAAGCCGGCGUGACUGCGUUCAAGUAUGAGGACUUUAUCAAAACACCUCACGGCAAACUCAACGUCCAACAACCUCCUUGGAAAGUCACCAAACUUCCCGGCAACCUGCCUCCAACGCCAUUCCCAGCCGACGGAGGCAACAAGAAGAUUCUCAAGGGCAUCAAGGUCCUUGAACUCUGCCGUAUCAUCGCCGGGCCCACCGUCGCCCGCAUCCUGACAGAGUACGGCGCCGAUGUUCUAAAGAUCACGAGCCCCCACCUCUCAGAUGUCCCCUUCUUCCAGGUCGACGGCAACAUGGGCAAGCAUGCUGCCGAUCUAGACCUGAAAACACCUGAAGGCCGCGAGGUCUUUGAGGCCUUGCUGGCCGAUGCAGACGUCCUCGUCGACGGAUACCGCCCCGGCGCGCUGGACCGUCUAGGCUACGGCGCAUCUGCUCUCGCCGCGCUCGCCGAAAAGCGCGGAAAGGGCAUUGUUUAUGUCAACGAAAACUGCUUUGGCUACGAAGGGGAAUGGGCAGGUCGUCCCGGCUGGCAGCAGAUAGCUGAUUGUGUAACAGGCGUAGCAUGGGCGCAAGGGAAAUUCAUGAACCUUCCUACCCCGGUGGUUCCUCCCUUUCCCAUUUCUGACUACGGCACCGGUUGCAUGGGCGCGAUCGCCGCCCUAACAGGUCUCUACAACCGCGCCAAAUUCGGCGGUUCCUACCACGGCAAAGCUAGUCUUAUGCACUACGACCUCCUCCUCUUCGCCGUGGGACAGUACGACCAAGAUGUGCAGGAAUCGCUGCGCGCGAGCCAGCCAGAGGAGUUCUUCUCCUUGCGGCACUGUGACAGCGUUGACCGAAUCUCGUCGACUGUACUAAAAGGAAUGAAGGAGCGCUUUCCGCAUCUGUAUCUCCCUCCCGGUUCUGAUAAAGAGCAUGAGGUAAUACUGACGGAGAAGUGGUAUUCUACGGCUUAUGGCGCGGAGAUUGAGGUUGUCAAGCCAAUCGCGGAGAUCGAUGGCGUGGAUAACAGUUUCGAGAGGGCGAGUCGACCGAACGGCGUUGACAGACCGUCUUGGGAGGACUUUAGGGUUGAGGAGGGGGACAAACGGCUGCAGUAG